CCACUAAUUAUCUUACCAACGAAAUUGCAAAUGGCCGUGACGUACCAGAAGCUGUUGAAGUGUUGACGUGAAACAGUCGUAAUUAAUAACAAAUAAAAACGGCUAGCUUUUGGUAAGUUUGAAUUACCAGGCGUGAUAAGUUUAUUGUGUACGUUUGUUUAACCGAAAAUGGACGAAUUGCAAAAUUACCGUUUGCAACUGCAACAAGUUGAAGCAGCCCUGUUGAGUGACCCUGACAACAAGGAACUUCAAAAGCUAAAAGUCGAUCUCGACGAAGUCAUCGAGCUCUCCCUAGACUUAAAAAACAAAGCCGAAGAAGCCGCAAAUCAGCCUGAGUACACAGAGCCCGUUGGGGUAGCCGAAGAAGAUGAAAUCACAAAGUCCCUCCUUGCAGUCGAGCAGUUUGUCGCGAGAAACAAAUCGAAAAAAAUGUGGCGGAUUGGCGACAUUUGUCUCGCCAAGUGGAGUGACAAUGGACAAUAUUACGAAGCCCGAAUCGACGCUAUCCUUCCGGAUGGACAGGUAAAUGUGACAUUCGAAGCUUAUAAAAAUCGCGGGGUUACUACCUUAGCCGAACUUAAAGAAUUCACAGGGGCGAAACGUGUCUUAACUGAAGCUGAAAGACUAAAGCGUAUUAAGAUGAUGAAUAACCGCGAAUACUUGAAGAAAAAGAAGCUGAAGAAGCAACAGAGAUUCAAAGAGUUGGAAGAAGAGAGGGAGACUGAGAAGAAUAAGUGGUUGGCGUUUACUAACAAAGCCGCGAAAACUAAAAAGAGCGGGCUUAAAACUAAGAGUAUUUUCGCGUCUCCGGAUUCCGUUAAUGGACGAGUUGGGAUAGGCACGUGUGGGAUAAGUGGAAAGCCAAUGACUGAGUUCACCACAGCCGAAAAGUGGAGGAAAGGAGUCUAAUGCCAUUUACUCAUCACAGAUGAAGUAAAAUAUAAUUGUUUAGUGAAUGCAUAAGUUCUGAUUUUUGUAAUUUAAUUUAGAUUGUAACCAAUUUACUGUAAAUACAUGUUUUCUUAUACAAA